AUUUAAUUUGCGGAAGCAAGCAUUCUGCCGCACAAAAAUCAGUCGCAUCAGCGAAAAAUGACUAUUACUGCAUUUCAGUUCUUCGGCAGUUUGGCCCUUGUCAGUGUCGCCUAUAAAUUUGCGCACACCGUCUUGCCAUGGCUAUAUGUGAAUAUAAUUGGGCCGAAAUUCCUUGGGCCAAAACUCGAUAUAAGUCGCGUUGGAGGCUGGGCCGUCAUCACCGGCGCUACUGAUGGUAUUGGCAAGGCGUAUGCGAAUGCGGUAUGUCAUACGAUUUAA